AAGAAUACAAACGGAACGCUCUGACUGCAUAACCGCAGGAUAUGGUACAAGGAACGAGGACCGACGGGCCCUCUCAGGCCGAACAAUUACUUCGAGUAACGUCGGGCAUCGCGGCGGAACUCAUCAAGGCUCACGACGCCAACCAGACCGUCUCGCUGAACGAACUCCGCGCUAAGAUCAGCAAGAAAUUUGGGUACGGAGGCGUCCCCCGGCUCGUGGACAUAAUCAGUGCCAUCCCGGAUGAAUACAAGAAAGCGCUACUCCCGAAGCUGCGAGCGAGGCCCAUACGGACGGCCAGCGGGAUAGCUGUCGUGGCUGUUAUGUGCAAGCCCCAUCGGUGCCCGCACAUUGCCAUGACGGGCAACAUCUGCGUAUACUGCCCCGGCGGGCCCGACUCCGACUUUGACUACAGUACCCAGAGCUAUACGGGCUACGAGCCAACCAGCAUGCGCGCCAUCCGCGCCCGGUACGAUCCUUAUGAGCAGACCCGCGGGCGCGUGGAGCAGUUAAAGGCACUGGGGCACAGCGUCGAUAAGGUCGAGUUUAUUAUCAUGGGCGGAACUUUUAUGAGUAUGCCCGAAGAUUACCGGAACAAAUUCAUCGCUCAGCUGCACAAUGCCCUGUCUGGGUUCACAGGUCUCGAUGUCGAUGAGGCAGUUCGAUUCUCCGAGCAGAGCAAGUCUAAAGCUAUCGGCAUCACUAUCGAGACUCGGCCAGAUUACUGUCUGAAGCCCCAUCUCAGCCAAAUGCUCCGCUACGGCUGCACACGCCUUGAAAUCGGCGUGCAGUCCGUCUAUGAAGACGUCGCGCGCGACACCAACCGCGGGCACACCGUGCGCGCCGUCACCGAGUCCUUCCACCUCGCCAAGGAUGCCGGCUUCAAGGUCGUCGCCCACAUGAUGCCCGACCUUCCCAACGUCGGCGUCGAGCGCGACCUCGAGCAGUUCAAGGAGUACUUCGAGAACCCCGCCUUCCGCAGCGAUGGCCUCAAGAUCUACCCGACGCUUGUCAUCCGCGGGACAGGUCUGUACGAGCUGUGGCGGACGGGCAGGUAUAAGAACUAUACGCCCAACGUGCUCGUGGAUGUUGUAGCCCGGAUAUUAGCCCUGGUACCUCCCUGGACUAGAGUAUACCGCGUUCAACGAGACAUUCCAUUGCCAUUAGUAACAAGCGGCUGCGAGAACUCGGGUAAUCUACGAGAGCUUGCGCUGAACCGUAUGAAGGACUUCGGCGCCGAGUGCAGAGAUGUACGAUUCCGAGAAGUCGGGAUCCAUGAAAUUCACCACAAGGUCCGUCCAGAGGCGGCAGAGCUCAUCCGCCGCGACUACACCGCAAAUGGCGGCUGGGAGACCUUUUUGUCCUACGAGGACCCCGAGAGGGAUAUCCUGAUCAGUUUGCUGCGUCUCCGGAAGUGUUCUGAUGAGGGUACGUUCCGCCCGGAACUGGUCAGGAAGCCUGGAGACGAGGGAGGAUGCAGUAUCGUGCGUGAGUUGCAUGUGUACGGGACGGCUGUCCCGGUGCAUGGUAGGGACCCGACAAAGUUCCAGCAUCAGGGCUUCGGGACCUUGUUGAUGGAGGAGGCAGAGCGGAUAGCGAGAGAAGAGCACGGAAGCAUCAAAAUUGCUGUCAUUUCCGGCGUCGGAACACGGGAUUAUUACCGGCGUUUGGGGUAUGAGCUAGAUGGACCGUACAUGAGCAAGUCCCUGUUGUAAGCAUUUAUUAUCAUUGUAUCACUUACAAUACU